AUGAAUAUCCGUCAAGCUGAACCUGAAGAUUAUAUACGUAUACAAAAUUGUAAUCUAAUGUGUCUACCAGAAAAUUAUCAAAUGAAAUAUUAUAUUUAUCAUUCUUUAUCAUGGCCACAAUUAUCUUAUGUUGCUGAGGAUUUAAAUGGUGAAAUUGUUGGGUAUGUCUUAGCCAAAAUGGAAGAAGAUCCAGAGGAGGAACCUCAUGGACAUAUAACAUCUUUAGCCAUAAAACGUAGUUACCGGCGUCUUGGAUUAGCUCAAAAGAUGAUGAAUCUCACUUCUAGGGCUAUGAUUGAAAAUUACAAUGCUCGUUUUGUUUCAUUACAUGUUCGUGUUGGAAAUAAAGCAGCUUUAAAUCUUUAUAGACAAACAUUAAAAUUUGAGAUAAGUGAAAUUGAACCAAAAUAUUAUGCUGACGGUGAGGAUGCUUAUGCUAUGAGGAGAGAUUUGGUGUCUUUUGCCAUUACCAAUGAUAUUGAACCAGCUAAUAAGGAAACAUUUUUAAAAGAAAAAGAAACAAAAAAUGAAAAAAAACAUUAA